AUGAACUUCACUGGGCUCCCUCCAGAAAUCCAGAAAUCAAUUUUCCAAUAUUCAUACCCAUCAGAUAUUUUAAAUAUUGCUCAAAAUGUUCCAGAAUUGAAACAUUUGAUCACUUCAGAUGUUUUCAAGAUUGUUACUAAUGAUGUGCCAAAUCUCAAAUUGAAAUAUGGUUUAUCUGAUGAUUUCUACUUGGAAUAUAGAUGUAACCUAGCUCGAAAUGUUGGUUAUGAUUAUGAUACUUAUAGAAAAUUGGAAAAUGAUUUUUGGGAAAAGGAAACAAAUAAUAGAGUUUUAGAUCCAUCUUUAUUAAAAGGUUUCAAAGGUGCCAUACUAAUUGAAAUUUAUCGAGAAAAAGCUUCUUUAACCAAAUUUGAUGAUCAUUUAUUAGAGCACGACCCUAUUGAAAUUAUUUGGCAUACUAAUACAAAAUACAAUAAUUUUAAUCUUCUCCACAGUGUUAUUCAAACAAGUCAAAGCACUAGAUUGAAAAAGAUUGAAGUACUUAUUAGAGCUGAAGAUGAAAUUAAAAAUAAACCAUAUGAACAAUAUGAGUUAUCAGGCCUUCCGCAUGGUAUACCUCCCAACAAACUACAUAUACCAUUUGUCAAAUCACUUCACUUUAGUUUUGAUGAACGUAGAGGUUAUUCAAUUACAGAUAUGAAAACUAUUAUGCCAAAUUUUGAAUCACUUAACAUUGCUUUUGAGGAUGUUGAUGAUGGUUACUUUAAAGAUUUACAUAAAUCUACUCCCACAUUAGGAUUAGUGGAAUCUUUUUAUGAUCCUGAUUAUAAUGGAGAAGAUUUUUCACCAGAAUAUGAACAAUAUGCGUUAGAUGCAUUUUUUGAAACAAAAAUAGAGAGAUCCGUUGAUUUUUUGAAAAGUUUCCAAUUGAAAUAUUUCCAUAAUAGAAAUUUUAACUUGUUUGAAAAUUUACAAAUAACUAAUCUUGAGAAGUUGGUUAUUGAUUCCUCAACGAUUCAUUCAAUUAAAGAUUUGAAUUUACCAAAUCUUAAAACUUUGGAUAUAAAGAAUUCUUCAAUUUAUGAAAUUUCAAAUUUGAAUUUAAAUUCCUUACAAGAUUUUUCAAUAGAAAUCAAAAUACCACAUCAUGUAAUGAGAGAUCAAGUGGGCCAAGUACAUUCAAUUCAAAAUAUAAAAUCAUCAAGUUUAAAGAGAUUCAGUCUUACUAGUUCAUUCAAGAUUAAGGAAAUUUCAAAACUUGAUUUCCCGUCUUUACAAACCUUAGAAAUUAAGUCAAAUCAUAUUAGCACUAAUAGAUCUUUUGAAGGUAUUAUUGAUUCAUCAUUUCCACAAUUGGAAAAUAUAAUUAUAGAGAGUAUUCCACUUGAUAAUUUAUAUUCAUUCUUCCACAAUAUUCCAAAUUUGAGAAAGCUUAAUAUAUCGUCAUGUCUAUAUUUCGACAUGUCAAAACUUGAACCUCAAAAUUUAUUAAAUUCAUUAAUUUUAAAGGAUAUUUACUCAGUCAAAGGUACUUUUUAUAACAAUAUUUCAUUACCUUCAUUACAAAUUAUGGAAUUAGAAACAAGAGGUGAAGUUGAUCUCUGCCUGAAGAAUUAUUCAUUCGAAAAUUUGAAAACAUUAACAAUUAAUACGCAUUCGGUCUAUCAAAUUUAUAAAUUACCCACUUUAACAUUAUCGAAUAAUCAUAUGCCAAAACUUCAAAACUUGAUUGUAUCAGGGUAUCAAAUAACAAAUCAUUUUUCCACUGAGUCAUAUCCAGCUUUAGAAGAGCUCACAAUUGCUACACUCAAGUCCAUAGAAAUUUCACCGAGUAAUACAUUAAAAACCAUUGAUCUUUCAAAAAAUCCCACUACAAUAGAAAUAAACAAGAGUGAUCAAUUACCUAAUUUAAAGGAAUAUAAAGAACCUGGUACUAUGAAUCGAAAAGUAGGCAACAAAAGAAGGAAAAAAUGA